CUAUUAACUACCCCGCCAGCGCCGAAACACUCCUCGCCAACACAACAAACACGAAACAAAGUGAUCUCUCUCUCACUCUAUCUCUCUCUGACCUCGAUUCGCUCCCAGAUACACUCAUCGACUGCUUGCUUCCCGUUUGCGCGCAUACAGCUGCGGCACAGUAGACAUGUCCAACUACAGCAAGGCCUGCUGCUCUAUCCCACCAGUGAUCUCGUCCGGGUACGAGACCAAGGGCAAAUACAUCACCCUCAAUGGAAUGAAGACCUAUGUCACCGGUCCCGAAUCUGCCCAGGAAGCCAUCCUCGUUGUCUACGACAUCUUCGGCUUCUUUCCCCAGACCCUCCAAGGCGCAGAUAUCGUCUCCACGUCCGACCCAGACCGCAAGUACCGCGUCUUCAUGCCCGAUUUCUUCGAUGGCUCCCCAGCCAAUAUCUCCUGGUACCCUCCCCAGACCGAGGAGCACCAGCAAAACUUGAGUCAAUUCUUCCAGACCAGGGCUCCACCGCCAAACACCCUCCCCCGCAUCCCCGGUGUCCUCGAGGAAGCUAAUAAGCUCGCCCCCGGCGGCGCAGGCUUCAAAUCCUGGGGCAUGAUGGGCUACUGCUGGGGCGGGAAGAUCACCUCUCUCGCCGCCGGCCGGGAUUCUCUCUUCAGGGCCGCCGUGCAGUGUCAUCCUGCCAUGGUGGAUCCCAAGGACGCAGAGAGCGUGACUAUCCCCAUGGCUCUUCUGGCGUCCAUGGACGAAGAGGUCGACGUCAUCGAGCAGUACAAGAAGAACCUGAAGGUGCCGAAUCUCGUCCAGACCUGGCCGACGCAGAUCCACGGAUGGAUGGCGGCGAGAGGAGAUCUAGCGAACCCGGAAGUCAAGAAGGAAUAUGAGAAUGGGUACAAGACCGUCUUGGCCUUUUUCCAUGAACACAUGUGAGGAACAAACAAAAAAAAUCAUUCCAAAAAAAAGGAAAGCCAUUUUGCCUGCAACAUGCAUAGUCGAAACAUGUGAAAUGGAGGGUGGUGUGAAUUGCUGUCACAGUGUCCCUUCUCUACCCUUGCCUUUCCUUUUUCUUUCUUUUUCUCAUUCUUGUUCUCUACCUUUAAUUUCCAUGUUUGUCCCCCGAAUGUGAGAUACACAGAAGAAAACAUCCCGAAGAGUAUCAUGUGAGACGCUAUAAAUAAUUCCCAUGAAUGAUUGACUGACC